GCUGCUUAAAAUAGUUUUUUGUGUCUUAAUUUAGUAAUGACAUGUGGUGUUUUAAAAAGAUAAACAUUUGGAGAAAGCGAACAUGGUUUGUUUUUAUUGGUGGUACUUUAAUAAUUACAUGGAUCAUUGCUUUCCACUUGCAUAAAGGCCAUGGAAAUUACAAACACGAAUCUUCAAUAUAUUUUCCUGAUCUUAAAACAUCAACAAAUAUUUCAAAUGAGGAGCUGAAAAGACAAAUUCUUAGAGGUGUUCAUCCACAAAACAUCCACUUGUUUAAUGACAUACAAAAGCACUUCCAAUGUUCUGAUGGCACCGAAAUCAAGAUGACAGCUGUCAAUGAUGACUAUUGCGAUUGCACAGACGGUAGUGACGAACCUGGCACAUCAGCUUGUAUCAACGGAAGGUUGGUUUUUUAUGCCGUAGAAAAACAAAUACGUUGGAACUUACAGAAUUGUCAUGUUUUGUGCCAUUCAAGACGUUCUAAGAAACAUGAUUUUAUUUCUUCUCUGGCCUUUCGAUUAAACAUGUACCUAAGGUUUUUCUGCGGACCGGAGAACGUUGAGCUUCCCUCGUCUUACGUGAACGACGGGAUAUGUGAUUGCUGUGAUGGUUCUGAUGAAUGGAAACAGUUUAAGCCACGUGGUUUUAUAGUUCCAAGCGAGUAUCCAAAAAAGUACUUUGUUCCGUGUACUCUCAGAUGCGGGUCAUGAUGAGAUGCGUGUCAUGUUUGAAUGUGGCUCGUGAUGAGAUUAGGGUACCGUUGAGAUGCGGAUGAUGAUGAGAUGCGGGUCAUGACGAGAUGAGGUUUAUGUUGAAAUGCGGGUUAUGUUGGAAUGUGGGUCCUGAUGAGAUUAGGUUAUGAUGACAUGAGGGACGUGAUGAGAUGCGGGCCAUGUUGGAAUGCGGGUCGUGUUGGAAUGCGGGUCAUGUUGGAAUAUCGGUCGUGAUGAGAUUAGGUCAUGAUGGGAUGUGGGACAUGAUGAGAUGCGGGUCAUGUUGGAAUGUGGUUCAUGUUAGAAUGCCAGUCAUGCUGGAAUGCGGGUCAUGACGGAAUGCGGGUCAUGACGAGAUUCAGGUCGUGACAAGAUUAGAGUCAUAAUACUGGUCAGUUUUCUGGCGCAAAUACGUUUUUUAACGAUGCUUGUUAAAGGUUAUCAACCAGUAUGAUCAAACUCAAUGGAUGUGCCCUGAUGUGACAUCGAAUUACACGUGUAGGACUGUAUAGCUACAAUGAAACAGUUUUCAUAACAAGUUUACAGCCACCCAUGGUAUGGAUUGGUAAAGAAUUUCAUUUAAAGGAACGCAACCUCGUGCCCAGAACUAUUUGCUUCAAAUUGCGCUGCGCUUUCUGAUAGUUCUAUCCGUCACGGUAAGAGCUGCUGGGGUCGAGCUUGGAAAGAACGUUUAGAAACUUUGUUUGGUUUUUGUGGUUAAAACCUUUUGAUUUAUGAAAUCAUAAAUUGGUUAAAUUUAGUGUUUUAAACAACGAAAUGAAUAUAGAUACGGUUC